AUGGAUCAGUCUGGCGCGGAGGAGGAAUGGUUUGCGGGCUUCAAAAAGCUGUCUCUGGCUGCCUCGCCGCCCAGUGGCCGGCGCGCCUCUCUGGGUUUCGAAAAGCGGCUGAGCAGCGCCCAGGCCCCGGACAGCCACCCCGUCAGCCCCGCGAGCAGCGAGCGGGGCGGCCUCUCGCCGCCGCCGUCGAGCAGCGCGCGCAGCCGCGGCGGCAGCCGGGGCCCAGCCUCGCCCGCCACCUCCCACUUCUCCAUCCCCGCCUACCGCAGCGCCAGCACCGCUGGCUGCGAGGCGCAAGGGCUAGGCGCGCUGACUCUGUCGCCGGCUGCUCCAACCGGCGCAGCUGCGGCGGCGGCAGCCGAGGAGCGCGUCACUCUCAACCUGUUUGUGCAAGACGACCCGCAGGGCGGUCAGGCGUGCAGCCUGCGGGCAGAGGUGGCCAGCCUGCAGCUGCGCGUGGGCCUGCUGCAGGCUCAGCUGGACGAGGCGCAGCAGCUGGCACAGCAUGGGGAGGCGGCAGCGGCGCCGGCAGCGGCGCCACUGGGGGCGGCUGAUGCGGCGGGUGCGGCCGUCCCAGCAGCUGAGUCAGUGCAGCUGGUGCUGACUAUUGUAGAGGCGCCGUCGCAGGCGGAGCAGGGAGCGACGGUUGAGGGCGGUGCCGGCGCUGCCGACCCCGCCGGCCUGCAGCAGCAGCUGCAGCGGGUGGAGGCGAGCAGGGAUGAGCUUGGGUGGCAGGCGGGGCAGCUGCGGGGCCGCAUCGCAAAGCUGGAGGGCGCUGUGCUGGCGGGUGAGAGCCGGGUGAGGGCGCAGGCGGCGGAGCUGGAGGCGCUCAAGGCGGCGGGCAGGGAGCUGGAGCAGCAGCUGGCGGCGGUGCAGGCCCAGGUGGGCGUGACCCCGGACCGCGCCCGCGCCGAGCGCCGGCGCCUGGCCGAGCAGGCGGCUGAGGCGCAGGCGGCGGCCGAGGCGGCGGCGGCGCGCGCCGCGCGCCUGGCAGCGGUGCUCGCCUUUGAGGCCCGCGAGCGGCGGGAGCUGGGCGAGUUUGCUGCGCUGGAGCACCAGCUGCUGGCGGAGCGGGAGCGGGUGCUGACGGGCGAGGCGGCGCAGUGGCGCACCGACGCAGCCGCCGCCGCCUCCCAGCUGGCAGACGUGCGGCAGCGCCUGGUGAAGCUGCUGCGUGGGGAGCUGGAGGCAGCGCAGGCGGCCACCGCCGGCGCGGCGGUGCUGACGGCGGAGUGGCGGCACAAAGCGGAGCAGUUUGACCGCGACCGCCAGGCGGCGGCAGCCAACAUCAGGAAGGCGGAGCGUGAGCUGGAGCUGGUGGCCCAGGACAAUGAGCGCAUGUUCCGCCAGCUCAACUUUGUGCGCACGCGGCUGAUGGGGCAGCUGGGCAGCCUGGACCCGGCUGUGCCAGACAUCGGCAAGCUGGCCCGGGAGCUGCAGUCGUGGUGCGACCGCGAAGCGGCUGUCAGGCACAAGGCUUGA